CGGAACCGAACCUUGACCUCAUCAGGACUUCGGUUCGGUCCGCGGCUUUCUGUUCGGUCUCGACCCAGACUGCUGACACUUUAAUCGGCCUUUCCCCUCCGGAGCGUCCCGCCGGACUGCCCCGGACCCCCGACCCGUCGACGGAGCUGCUAGCCGGACUCUGACGGUGACUUUAGUCGCGCUUCGAUUAGUCUCAUCAGUGGACACUCAGGGACAGAACCUUUGUUCAGUGUCUCCAGCUCCUCAGUGAGGACAGCUGAAGGACAGCAGCUGUCAGCUGUCCUCAAGCCUCUAGAUGACGUCCUCACCUGCUCGUCUUACUCGCUCAGAGAGGACGUCACAAAGACGAGCUUCAUCGUGAUGACGAUGCGGCGGAACCAGAACCAGACGGACUGACGGGUCACACCUGCUGUGGGCUAUAGGCCCCGCCCCCAAACACCUCCAGCUGCAGCUCUUCAUCAAGAUGGCUUCUGACCCGAUCGGCACCAUGGAGCUCCUCAUCCUCUGAGCUUUAUCAUCAGCCUGUGCCACUGGACCGGACCGGGUCGUUCAGGACGAGGAAGAGCCGGCACCGUCUGACGGGUCAGAACAUCCAGGCUCCAGGACCGGGUCUGGGAUGCCGCGGCCCAGCACAGUCAGAACCAUUGAGGCGGAGGCUCUGGUGGCUCUGCUGGAGAGCGGGUUGGACCGGGUGGUUCUGAUCGACAGCCGGUCCUUUGUGGACUUUAACUCCGCCCACAUCCUGGAGGCCAUUAAUGUGAACUGCUCCAAACUGAUGAAGAGGAGGCUGCAGCAGGACAAGGUCCAGAUCCAGGAGCUGCUGCAGCACUCAGCCCUGGGACAGUUGGACCUGCAGGCCUGUCAGGAGGUCGUAGUCUACGAUCAGAACUCUUUGGACCCGGCCGGCCUCGGUUCCGACUCGUUCCUCAGCGUCCUGCUGGUGAAGCUGGAGAGGACGUUCCCCUCCGUCCACCUGCUCUCAGGUGGCUUCUCCGAGUUCUGCCACCUGUUCCCGGGCCUCUGUGAGGGCAGGUCCAGUCUGGUUCCGGCCUGCAUCUCUCAGCCCUGCCUGCCGGUCAGCAGCACCGGGCCGACCCGGAUCCUUCCGCACCUGUACCUGGGCUGUCAGAGGGACGUCCUGAACAAGGAGCUGAUGCAGCAGAACGACAUCGCCUACGUCCUGAACGCCAGCAACACCUGCCCCAAACCGGACUUCAUCCCCGACUCACACUUCCUGCGGGUUCCCGUCAACGACUCGUUCUGCGAGAAGAUUCUGCCCUGGCUGGACCGGUCCGUGGACUUCAUAGAGACGGCCAAGGCGUCCAACGGCCGGGUUCUGGUCCACUGCCUGGCCGGGAUCUCCCGCUCCGCCACCAUCGCCAUCGCCUACAUCAUGAAGAGGAUGGAGCUGUCGCUGGACGACGCCUACAGGUUCGUGAAGGAGAAGAGGCCGACCAUCUCCCCGAACUUCAACUUCCUGGGUCAGCUGCUGGACUUUGAGAAGAACAUCAAGAGUUCUGGUUCUGACCACAGGAAGUCCCUCAGCUGUGACCCUCCUCCUCAGCUGGAGGAGGCGGAGCCUGCGUCCUGCCUCGAGGCCCCUGAGGGGCCCGGUUCGGCCCAGGUGGAGGCCUAUGUUCUGGUCGACGCCCCGGAGGAGCUGGCUCAGGGUCUGAGCGGCCUGCAGUUGACUGAAGGGCCCGAGGACGGCGCCCGCCUGAAGCGUUCCUUCUCUCUAGACAUCAAGUUGUACGGCGGGCCAGGAGGAGGCUCCGCCCACCGAGGGGCGGGGGGCCCGGGGGAGGAGUUCUACAAGGAGACGAGCAGCAAGGCGUGCCAGUUCUCUCCGGUGGAGGAGGUUUCAGAGCAGAGCCCAGAUAAGGAGGAGGCCACGGGUCUGGAUCGAGCGGCGCCGCCAGCCUCCAGGGCUCCGCCCACACCGCCAGCUUCUGCUCCGAACGGUCCUCAUCAGCUGCAGCGCAGCGGCAGCGUGGAGGAAACCACCACCGGCUUCCUGUUCGGACUCUCGCGCAGCCAGCAGCAGCUGACCCGACCCGGCGCCGGUGCCGCCCUGAAGGGCUGGCACUCAGACAUCCUGCUGGGACCCGUCGCUGUCUCCGCCUCCUCGCUGGCGGGCGGUUGGUACCUGUCCUCCGAGUCCUCGCGGUUCUACUCGUCAUCCAGCAUCCUGAGUGGCGGCGGCUUCACGCCGUACGGCCUGGGCGCGGUGCGGCGCCGCAGCCCGAGGCGGGGGGGCGACGGCGGCGACUCAAGGCGGAGCUGGCACGAAGAGAGCAGCUUCGAGAAGCAGCUGAAGAGGCGGAGCUGCCAGAUGGAGUUCGGCGACGGACUGACGGACAGCGGUGCCCCGGAGACGGUGAAGGUGGUGAGUCAGUCCAGCUUCUCCGGCAGCAUGGAGGUCAUCCAGGUGUCCUGAGGCUCCGCCCACUCAUCACACGCUGCUGGCUCAGGCCCCGCCCACAACAAACUCUUUGGUUCUGGUGUCACUGAGCGUCCAAUCAGCUGAUGGAGGCGGUCCGGUAACAGAACUCUGACGUGUUCUGAUCCAGCAGAACUGGACCUGAUCUGAACCUUGUUUUCUUGCACAGUGUUGGUUCUGAACCAGAACUGGACCGGCCGGAGAAUGAUCAGAACUGCACCAGAACCUGUUUUGGUACCGUUCUGUUGUUGAUCCGGGUCUGAUUCUGAUGGCUAUGUUUCCCUCUUGGUUGAAGUUCUGGUUCUGACCGGGAUGAGAGUUCUGGACCGGAACCUGCAGGAGGCGCUGCUCCUCCCUGAGAUCAAUAAAAAUGUUCAAAAA